GCUUACGCAGGUCACGGCAUGCCUUCAGUGCUGCUUGGGAUCGACUGCCUCCACUUCCUGGGAUUCUGCUGCACUACAGCUUCAAGCAGCCAACGGCGAGGACGGCUUUUUGUGCGCGCCCUGCUGGCAACCAUGCUGGAUUAUUCCUCAGUCAAGCAAGGCAACGUCAUCGACAGCAUCAUCAUCUUCACUCUUCGAUAAGAACGACUGGCGGAACCCUGGCACUCCCAGUGGGCAUGGGAACAGCGUCACGAUGAGGCUCAUUCACGUCGUGCGCUUGCUUACGCAGGUUAGUAAUGAUACGUCUUUAUUCGGAAAAAAGUGUGAUGACGUAUGCCUCUUCCUGUUCCCAUGCCCGGGAGUGCUGUUCUCUUUGUGCUGUCAGUGCUUUGACGUUCUUAGCCAAGUACUGUUAAUGUCAGGGGACGUUGAAUUAAACCCAGGACCUAAGCGGACCCAAGAUGCCGCUCCAUCAGAAACUAAUAGUCCAAUGACUGACGCAAUGCAAAAACAGUUUAACGAUAUGUUUGUCAUGUUACAAGGUGUUAACUCGCGCACAGUAAAAAUGGAAAAAGACCAGUCAAGUUUAAUCAGCACCGUAAAUGACAUUAAGAAAAGCCAGGAAUUAAUCGAGAGCAGAAUCACAGAUAUCGAUAAAAGGCUGACUGCGGUAGAAUCUAAAUCUUCGUCCAGCGACCUCCUACAGCGAGACUUGUCAUUGUUACGGCAGAGGACUGAUAGCCUCAUUGAUGUGAACUCACGAUUACGGGCUAGCCAGGCUGAGCUCGAGGACAGGUCACGACGCGAUAAUCUUUUGUUUUACGGCUUGACGGAUGCUCAUUCAGAAACCUGGGCCCAGACUGAGGAAAAGCUACUGAACGUCGUGUCGACCUCUCUGAAUUUUCCUAUUUCAAGUGAAUCUAUCGAACGUGCACAUAGGCUCGGUGUCUUUUCAGAUAACAAAUGCAGACCAGUGAUAGUAAAAUUUUUAUCCUUCAAAUUAAAACAACAAAUUUUAUUUUCAAGCGCAAAAUUAAAGCCUGGUGGCAUUACCGUCAGCGAGGAUUAUUCUGUCCCGACACGUCAGGCACGCAGAAAGCUGAUUGAAUUUGCGAAAACGCAGAACUCGGUGUUUAAACUAAAAUACAACAAACUUUACAUGAAUAACAAGACCUACAGUUACAACCCAGUCGAUGACUGUGUGUUUGAACAUGUUAGCACCCCUAAUCAGCGCAGCCUGAAUCGAAGUUCAAACGCUGAAGGUGACGCAUCACCGGCAAGCACUUCGCGAUAACAACACGUGAGGGGUAGUGGACUGGCGUCUGAUAACAAAAAUAAACUUUCUCUUCUUUUCACUAACAUUCGAAGCGUCUCAUCUAAACGUGAUGAACUGGGCUCUGUCAUUGACUCAUGCGAUGCUGAUGUAGUGGUACUUACUGAAACGUGGCUUUCCGCAAAGGUUGGGAGCAAUGAGCUUUUUGAGUGUACCAGGCGAUUCAAUGUUUUUCGGCAUGACAGAGGAGAAAGACGCGGCGGUGGUGUUUUGAUUGCCGUCGCCGAUUACAUUAUCUCGUCUACUGUAGAUGUCGUAAGCAGCCUGGAACUUGUUUGGGUUGAACUUCGCAUGCGUUUCAAAACGCUUAUCUUGGGUGUUUGCUAUCGUCCACCAUCGUUCAGUGCGACUUUUGUUGGCAAUUUACAUGAUUCAAUUAAUACAAUUAUGGUACGUUUCCCAAAUGCUUCAAUAAUGUUACUAGGCGACUUUAAUUAUCCAAAUAUUUUAUGGUCGAACGAAUCUCCUUAUCUUUGUUCCUUUUCUACCGAGUGUAGCAAUUUCUUGAACAUGUGUGCUGAUUUCAAUCUCUCGCAAGUUGUAACCAAGCCAACCCGAGUUACGCCCACAUCAUCAAGUGUCUUGGAUCUUGUAUUGACCACCUCCCCAGACCUUGUCAGUCCCAUAACUUACUUAACAGGUUUAAGCGAUCAUUCUUUGCUUCACUUCACAUUGGACAUUCCUGUUCCUAAUCAAGAUAACCACUAUAAAUGUAUUAGAGAUUAUAAAAAGGCGGACUUUGUUGCUAUUAAUCGAGAGCUAUGUCUGUUUCUGGAUAAGUUCCUACAAGGGUUUGAUGAGAGAUCUAUAAAUAUGAACUGGAAUUUAUUUAUAAAUGAAGUGGCUUCACUCACAAAUAAGUUCAUACCAUUGAGAACCAUCAGAUCGAACCGGAAAUCACCGUGGUUUAACCAGUCACUGAAAAGGUUGUCAAACAAGAAAAAACGCUUGUUUCGUUCCGCGAAAUCAUCCAAUUCCCAGUCUCGUUGGGACACGUACCGAUGUGCAGCUACUAAUUACAAAGUAGCACUAAAAGAAGCGAAAUACUCAUUUUUUAGUCAAACUUUACCUUCCAUGCUCAUACAUAACCCUAAACAAUUCUGGAAUGUUGUAAACAAGACUGACAAGCAUGUUAUAACACUUAGAUGUACUGAUGGCACAGUAGUUCCUAGCGGUCAAUGCGCUAGCAUUCUCAACGCGGUGUUUGUUUCAGCGUUUUCUACUAAUCUAAAUGCUACUUACCCUGCCUGUCACACUUACGAGUUUUUUCCAAUGGACCCAGUUCUUAUUGACACAGUUGGUAUUGCGAGAAUAAUAGAAAAACUGAAGAUGUCGUCAUCCUCUGGUAUCGAUAAUAUCAACUCUAAAUUUUUGCUUAAUACUAAGAUGUAUAGCUCUAUAAUCCUGAGUAAACUGUUUCAGCAGUCUCUUGAUACAGGUAGUAUACCAGAGGAUUGGAAGAUCGGGAAGGUGAUUCCUUUGCACAAAUCAGGUGAAAAGCAUUGUCCAAAUAACUUUCGACCCGUGUCACUUACCAGCAUUCCCUGUAAAAUCAUGGAACAUAUCAUUUACUCCCAUCUUGCAAACUACUUAGAGUCCAAUUCUUUUUUCAAUUCAUCCCAGCAUGGGUUUCGUAAGUCAUUUUCAUGUGAAACUCAGCUUUUGUGUUUCACACAUGAUCUACAUUCCAUUCUUGAUCGUGGAUCUCUGGCUGACUGCAUAUUCCUCGAUUUCUCAAAGGCAUUCGAUAAAGUAUCUCACGAACUUCUCUUUCUCAAGCUGACUAAACUAAACUUAGACAUUAACGUUCUUGCAUGGUUGCGCUCCUUCCUCACUAACCGGUCCCAAUUUGUGACGGCUAAUAAUAUCAAUUCUGAUUUAUCUCCAGUUGGCUCAGGUGUGCCCCAAGGCUCGGUUCUGGGGCCCUUACUUUUUCUCAUUUAUAUUAACGACCUUCCCACUAAUAUAUGUUCAUCCGUCAGUCUCUUUGCCGAUGACUGCGUCAUUUAUCGCGAAAUUAACAGUGAUUCUGACAUCUCACUUCUUCAGUCAGAUAUUAACAGUGUUUCUGAGUGGUGUGAUUUGUGGAACAUGAAACUAAACAUUAAUAAGUGUAAAUCUAUGCGUGUUUCCCGUCUUGACACUCCUUGUGCUUCUUAUCGUCUAAAUAAUCUCUCUUUCGAAACCGUAUCAUCGUAUAAAUAUCUGGGUGUGCAUAUAUCUGCUAAUCUGUCCUGGUCGUGCCACGUUGAAUAUAUUGUAAAUAACGCCAACCGCAUGCUUGGAUAUCUCCGAAGAAAUUUUUGUCUUGCUCCCAGCUCAUUAAAAUUACUUUUAUAUAAAACAUUAGUUCGUACUAAAUUGGAAUAUGCAGCUUCGGUUUGGGAUCCUGGUCAAGAAUCACUUAUCUCCGAAUUAGAAGCGAUUCAGAACCGCGCAUCCCGUUUCAUUCUUUCAAAUUAUCAUCGUACAUCCAGUGUGACCGCAAUGAAGUCUAGCCUAUCAUUACCUCUUCUUUCACAACGUAGAAAAAUGUUCCGUCUGUGCUUGUUUCAUAAGAUAUAUCAUAAUAAUCCGAUUCUAAAAGAAAGACUACUAACAACACCUUAUUACGUUUCAGCACGCAUCGAUCACCGUCAUAAAGUUGCCAUUCCUUCUUGUUGUACUAAACAUUUUUACGAGUCUUUUAUUCCUAGUGCCUCAACAAUGUGGAAUCACCUUCCCGGAGCCAUUGCCGAAAUCCCCGAUAUCGAGUGUUUUAAAACUGCCGUUUCCAAUAUUUUUUUGUAAAGAGCCAUCACUACUGUAUAAUAUUUUCUGUUGUACGCUGUAUGUUAUGUUGUACUUUUUUAAUACCCACUCCCCUCUGUAACGCCUCUGGCCCUGAGGGUAAAUAAAUAAAU